AUCCGUCGAAAUGCUUCUUCAGUACAGCUUGUUGGAGUCGAUCCACGUGACCUUCCAUAAAAGGAAUAGAGGAGCUUGCCGAUUAUGGUCAUAGACGCCCUUACCUCUCAAGAGCCAGCUUAUGGCUUACGCUUGAGCCCUCACCAGUCAACGUCCCCAAGAACGCAUAUGGUUCGAUUCGCCAUGUAUUACGACAUGGAGAACGAUCUCAUCAGGGCCUGGCAACUCCUUCUGGACCUCAGCGAUCUGAAUGCUCACAAUCAGAAGGUUGCGGCGGGUUUGAAUAAUAUUGCUGCAGGAUUGAAGACAAAGGCUGAGGAAGUUUCGAGUGGCUUCACGCUACGGAGGAUCAAUACAGAUAUUUCCAAAGAGGUCUUCGAGUCUGAACUGGAACGUACCAACGCGCAAAUCAUUAUUGAGAACCAUACCCUGCUUCACGAGAACCGCCAGCUCAGUUCCCUUCUAAGGGAAUACGAACAAACUAUGGAUACCAUAAUGUCACGAUUCCGAAGUCACGCCCACGCUGCGCACCAACACGAAGUCACGUUGACACGGCACUACGAAAAUCUCCUUCUGGCACGUGAAACAUCAUCUGUACAAGCGGACCUCAGAUCGAAUGCGUCAAUAUCCAGUUCUUUACAACGGCUUGCUCAGAACCUCCGAAAUCUCAUGCGUUCCAUGGCUGGAGAAGACCCCGAAUCAUCCUCCUCACAUCAAGCACAAACACUGCAGCAACCAUCGCUUCAAGUACCUGACCCUCAAAAAGAUUGUUCACCAUCAACAUACCCACCACAUCCAUACCCUGAAACCCAAGCACAUACAGAUCAACCCACCCCCUCGGACAUCAGAGCUUCUUCAUCUUCUGAUGGACUCACGCAAGAAGACGAAUCCCUACUCUCCCUUCUUUCCUCUCAAUCUGACUGGGCGCUCGAACGUGAAGCUGAAAUCGCGCGUCUCGAAGCCGAGAAUGAGCACCUCCGCAGUCUACUUGGUAUCAAUCAAGCCCACGCAGAGGAACGAGGAUGGACACUGACAGAAGCCUACGAACUCGAUACCAUCUCUCGAUACGAACCUAUACCAAAGACUUCCAAAGAUCAAGGUGACGGUACGACUUCGCGGGAUAGUAACGGAGGGAGUCAGAGGUCAGACAGCCCUGGAUUGAGCAUGAUGUCGAAUAUGAAUAUGGGGCCGAGGGAACAACCACCAUUGAGGUCUCCGUUUGAUGGAUUGGAAGAUGACGAUCCUCCGGCGCCAGUACCUGUGCGACUUGGUUCUCGCCUGAGGAUACCUCCCUUCGUUCAACAUCUCUUGGACCCCCAGGUCCAAGUGUCGAUCUCACCCAAUGCGACGUCUACUACAGGAAACCUAAUUCACACCGCACUGGGCGUAUCCUCCCAGGGAAAUGGGAACGGUGGAGACUCAUCUUUGCCUGGCGGGCGAGGAUCUCAAGGAAGGCGAACGGCGAUGUUCGGCGGUGGCAACAUUGCGAACCGUGGACGAGGUUCAGCGUUGCAGUUUCAGAGGGAGUAUGCUGAGAUGGAGGCGGGCAUGCCGCAGAGAGGGCCUCCUCCACCUCCGUUCACGGAAAGGAGUUGGCAAGCUCAAGCUGGACUUGAUCUGAGUUGAGCGUCACCUAAUGUUGGGAUGAAGCGAGCAAGGAAGUUGUAUUUUAUCGUAUUAUUACUGUUUUAUCUCGUCGCAGGUCUUCAAUAUCUAUCCUUUACUCCCGGAAAUCGCAUAAUACUUUAUUCAAGACUAUUGCCUCAGGCUAUAGAAAUGUUGGACGCUGACCUCAAUUCUUAUAGGGGACCGUGAUAGGCCGCUCUAAAUCCUGAUUAUGCUCCUUCGCCAUAACAGUAUCAGUAUGUACCUCAUUCCCGUACCAUCACUUUUGCCUGCUGGUUUCUAAUGACAAUACCAGACAUCCCACUCAUCUGCAUGUACACUCGAAGCAAGCGGAUUCGGAUACAUGUUUGCUCCUCUCUCCUCUCUAAUCGAGCGAAACGUCAGACAAGGUACCCUCAUUCACUCGCCCUCCUGGCUUUAUGGUUCCAUUCUCGUUUUUCUUCCUCGGAUAUUAACAGACGCUAUCGUGGGUCUCCACUUGCAGACUGCUAAAGUUUGAGGUCAAUGUCCCAAUGACUGAACUUAGCCAUUGCACGGAAGACGCUAAACCCAGUCCGAAUAGAGCAUAUGAACAGUG